AUGAUUCGCGCGCGCACGUCGUUCACCGCAUGACAGACCGCGUGAAAUACAUGUCGAAGGUCGAAAGAGAGUUUGCGCGCGUUGACACGCGAAUAUAAUAGAGAUUUAGUGAAAAACGUGUCUGGUAUUUAUACUAGGAAGAAAAAAGAACCGAUAAAUAAUAUGUUUUCUAAUGAACGUAGAACGUUUUUUUGGGUUGGUUGUGCAUGUGUCGGAGCUUAUGUUGCUUACCGAUAUUGGAAAAAAAGAGAACUGAAGUCGAUCGACGAAGGUUUCGAUGAAGUUACUAAGAUCGAUGACAGUUAUGAAAGAAGGGUACUGUUACUUGGUUUAGAUGGUGCAGGUAAAACCUCUCUGAUGAAUCAAAUGUGUAUCAUCAAUGGCCAACCAGAACCUUAUAAAGCUCCUCCACUACCUACUCAAGGUUUUACUGUAUAUAGAUUAGAAAGUGGAUAUUAUACAUAUAAUGUUUGGGAAAUUGGAGGUGCUGAAAAUGAUAGAAAGUAUUGGUCUACCUUCUUACAAGACACUGAUCUCUUGAUAUUUAUGGUAGAUGCAUCUGACACAAGUAAAUUAUCUCUUGCUGUUUCAACGCUUAAGCAAUUAUUAGGAGAUUCACGAAUGGAUACUGUACCAAUAUUAGUUAUUGCCAAUAAACAGGAUGCUUCUAAUGCACUAAGACCUGAUCAAGUAAAAGAAGCUUUAGAUUUACAAAGUAUUUCUCCACACAAACAUAAAGUAGAGGUGAUUGGGUGUCAAACGAGGCCUUUACCUGAUUUACACUCAGGAGCUACAGAAUAUACCUGGUAUCAUUUGUCUGUAAAUGCUAUUAGAAAGAAAGUAUUUUCUAUGGCUACUUCUUAAGAAAAAUUAAUAUUUUUAAAUUUAUUUAUUUUAUUUGUCCAAAGUUUGCACAAUUAAUCUAUAUAAACAAAAACAGAUAGUA